AUGAGCGACACUAAUGAGUCUCCAGCCGCUUUAGAGCUUAAGCUAACCGACUUUGUCAUCGAUGAGCAGCCCAGCGCUUUUCUGAAACUUACGAUGAGUCGCCGCAUCAAAGACAAAACGAUCGCAGAGUCCAAGCUCGUCCCGUUCCUAUUCCAACUGCUGCAGUCGACUUCCACCUCAACUUUCAGUGCUUUAAACGCUGAUUCCAUCGUAAAUCGCGUACUAUACGGGACUGGCUCACGUCGUGUCAUUUUGCUGGAAUUUUCGGACAUUGAGGUGGCUCAGAAACUGCGUGAAUUGCUCCAUGAACAGCCUUGUGAGCUGCUUGGCCGACGUCCCAUGUACGUCGAGUUUGCAAUACCAAGAAAAGAGCAAGAAUUUCGUGAUCGGCUCCUGAGAGUGCACCAUGUUCAACGUAAUGCUGAUUCGCCUGAACGACGAGUUCCAGGACUGAGAUUUGAGGCUGAGUUUAUUACUAAAGCACAAGAAGAUGCGUGUCUUGCCUUCUUUGAGAGAGAUAAUGGAGCUCAUUGGGCUCAUACCAUUCGAGCGAGACAAGUGCAGCACUUUGGCUACACGUUUAACUAUGAUACGAGGAGAUGUGACUCUAAUGAGCCGAUGAAAGAACCGAUACCACAAGUGUUGCAAUCGAUAAUUGACAAGAUAGAAGAAUGCAGGAUAAUGGAUGGCGACAAACCUGAUCAGAUUACAGUAAACGAGUAUUUACCGGGACAAGGGAUUGCUUUUCACUUCGACACCCACUCGGCAUUUACGACCACCAUUGCAACAUUGAGCAUCUGUAGUGAAGUUGUUAUGGACUUUCGGCACCCAGAUGGCAUUCAAAAUGAAGGUGUGCUCUUGCCAGCGCGUUCACUAACUGUUAUGAGCGGGGUGAGUCGUUACAUUUGGGAGCAUGCCAUUGUUCCACGCACGUUUGAUGUGAUCGAUGGGAAGCAGGUGGCACGCCAACGGAGACUGAGCAUUACUUUUCGUAAGAUCCGAUCAGGCCCGUGCGAAUGUCCAUACCCAAAGCAUUGCGACACCCCAAUGCGUGAAGGACAGGAUACUAGUAAGCAAGAGGCUGAAGAGGACGCUGAAACUAGCCUGGCACCUACCGUGUUGGAGCAACAGUACGUUCAUAAAUUUUAUGAGACAGUAGCGGCGCACUUUAGCAGCACUCGACAUAGCCCAUGGCCGAGAGUUGCUCACUUCGUAGCAACGCUGCCGAGUGGUUCUGUGAUCGCUGAUAUUGGUUGCGGAAACGGGAAAUAUAUGAACUCACGUCUCGUGAAUAUCUGUCGAGACCGCGGACUUGAAACGAUGGUGUGUGACGCACUAGCAGUUCCGUUGCGCUCGAACUCGUGUGAUGCUGCGCUGUCAAUCGCAGUGCUUCACCAUCUCAGUACUCUUGGUCACCGACUAGCGGCUGUGAAGGAGCUGCUUCGUGUUUUGCGUGUGGGCGGACGUGGAAUCAUUUACGCAUGGGCGCAUGAGCAGAUGACGGGUUCUCGUCGUCGUUUUGAAGAAGGCCGGCAAGACUUCAUGGUGCCUUGGAACUUGGACAAGCGUUUUGCCACUUCCUUUGAAAAAAGCCCGACUGCCGUGAAAUCUGAGCGCAACGGAAAGAGUGACGAUACAUACAAAGAUCCCAUCGAUGUUAGAAAUGGAAUCAUUGGCGAUGACACCGACGAUAAGCCCUCUACGAAAGUGCAAGAACGCGUGGUAGUUCAACGAUAUUGCCACAUGUUCAAGCAAGGUGAACUGGAGAGCCUUGUAGAGCUGUCAGGCAUUGCCAAGGUGGAGACAAGCUACUACGAUGAGUCAAACUGGGCUGUCGUUCUUCGACGUGUCCGUUGA